AUGGAUAGAGAAUGGGGUUCAAAACCGGGAAGCGGCGGGGCCGCGACGGCGCAAAACGAAGCAAUAGACCGCCGUGAGCGUCUCCGACGACUAGCACUCGAAACAAUAGAUCUAGCAAAAGAUCCAUAUUUCAUGCGCAAUCAUCUCGGUAGCUACGAGUGCAAACUCUGCUUAACUCUCCACAACAACGAAGGAAACUACCUCGCUCAUACACAAGGCAAACGCCAUCAAACCAAUCUCGCUAAGCGUGCUGCUCGUGAGGCUAAAGAUGCUCCUACUCAACCUCAACCUCAUAAGCGGAAGCUUAACCUAAAGAAAACUGUUAAGAUUGGUCGUCCUGGGUACCGUGUAACUAAACAAUUUGAUCCUGAUACUAAGCAAAGAUCACUCCUAUUUCAGAUUGAAUAUCCUGAAAUUGAAGACCUUGCAAAGCCUAGGCAUCGAUUUAUGUCCUCCUAUGAGCAGAGGGUGCAACCAUUUGAUAAAAGAUAUCAGUAUCUCUUGUUUGCAGCUGAACCAUAUGAAACAAUUUCUUUCAAGGUCCCUAGCACAGAGAUUGACAAGUCCACUCCCAAGUUUUUCUCGCAUUGGGACCCAGAUUCCAAGAUGUUUACGCUGCAGUUGUAUUUCAAAAUCAAACCACCAGAGGUAACCAAACCACAGCCCCCUGCCUCUACACCGAAUGGCACCACAGCACCUGGUGUUCCUCCAAGGCCAAUGCCCCCACCAUCACAAGCUCCAUUACCACCACCACCACCACCUCCACAAGGGCUGCCUCCCAGCGCACCUUUGGGAAAUCCUCCUCGGGCCCCUCCACCUCCAAUGUCAGGGUCAAUGCCACCACCACCUCCUAUGGCUGCAAACGGUCCUAGACCUGUACCCGGUGCAAUGCCACCUCCAGCACCCCUUGGUACUCGACCUCCAUCAAUGCCACCUCCACAAGGUUUUCCAGGCCAAUAA